AUGUCUUUCACCCAGAAGCAAGAGAAGACCUCCAACCUGGUGAAAGCCCUAGGCCUCACCCAAGCUAGAUGGAACAUCUCCUACUGGGAUAUCUGUGCAUGCAAAAGCCCAAGCAAGGUUACGCCUUCCUCCGCCAGAACUGUCUUCACUAAGGGCCGGCGCACCCUCGAGAAAUGGGAGGAGAGAGUGAUAGCCGGGGCUACGAAGAAAGCCGAGGAACAUGAACGAAUCGAUGAGGAUAACCCUGAUGAGGCUGGGGAGGCUGCACAUGUCGAGGAUACCGAGAAUUAG